AUGUCUACUGUUUCCAAGGUCUUUGCUCGUCAAAUUUUCGACUCCCGUGGUAACCCCACUGUUGAGGUUGAGGUCACUACCCCUAAGGGUGUCUUCCGUGCUGCUGUCCCCUCCGGUGCUUCCACUGGUAUUCACGAAGCUGUUGAGCUCCGUGAUGGUGACAAGUCUGCCUACAUGGGAAAGGGUGUCCUCAAGGCUGUUGCCAAUGUUAACGAUGUCAUUGGCCCUAAGCUCAUUGAUGCCAAGAUCCCCGUUACCGAACAAAAGACUAUUGAUGAGUUUCUCAUCAAGCUCGAUGGUACCCCCAACAAGGGUAAGCUCGGUGCUAACGCCAUCCUCGGUGUCUCUCUCGCUGUUGCCAAGGCUGCUGCUGGUGAUAAGGGUGUCCCUCUCUACGUUCACUUUGCUGAUCUCUCUGGUUCCAAGAAGCCUUUCGUUCUCCCCGUUCCUGCUUUCAACGUUAUUAACGGUGGUUCUCAUGCCGGUAACAAGCUCGCCAUGCAAGAAUUCAUGAUUCUCCCCACUGGUGCCAAGUCCUUCAAGGAAGCUAUGAAGAUUGGUUCCGAAGUCUACCACAACCUCCAAUCUGUCAUCAAGGCCAAGUACGGUCUCGAUGCUACCAACGUUGGUGAUGAAGGUGGUUUCGCCCCCAACAUUCAAAAGAACGAAGAAGGUCUUGAACUUUUGGUCCAAGCUAUUGAAAAGGCUGGUUAUACUGGUAAGGUCAAGAUUGGUAUGGAUUGUGCCGCCUCCGAAUUCUACAAGGAUGGCAAGUACGAUCUUGAUUUCAAGAACCCUGACUCUGACAAGUCCAAGUGGAUCGACGGUAAGGAGCUCACUGCUCUCUACAACUCUUUCGCCGAAAAGUAUCCUAUUGUUUCCAUUGAAGAUGCUUUCGAUCAAGAUGAUUGGGCUGCUUGGGCUCACUUGAACGCCGAAUCUGAAUUCCAACUUGUUGGUGAUGAUCUUUUGGUUACUAACCCCAAGCGUAUUGUCACUGCCAUUGAGAAGAAGGCCUGUAACGCUCUCUUGUUGAAGGUCAACCAAAUUGGUACCGUUACCGAAUCUAUUCAAGCUGCUCUUGACUCUCAAGCUGCCGGUUGGGGUGUCAUGGUCUCUCACCGUUCCGGUGAAACUGAGGAUACCACCAUUGCUGAUCUCGUUGUCGGUCUCCGUACUGGUCAAAUCAAGACUGGUGCUCCUUGCCGUUCCGAGCGUCUUGCCAAGUAUAACCAACUUCUUCGUAUUGAAGAAGAACUCGGUGAGGGUAACUCCAUCUACGCUGGUGAGAACUUCCGUACCGCUCAUCUUUUGUAA